ACACAAGCACACAAGCACACACACCUUUUCUUCACCUUCUUCACAAAUCCAUCGAGUCUUCGUUUUCGUUUCCUCCGAGCUCAAAUCUCGACAAAAAUGGCGGUUCCGAUUCACUUCCUCAUCAACUCUCCACAUGGAUCAUCCGACGACGAGUUCUACGAUUCGGAAAUUUCCUAUUCAUCUGAAGACGACGAGUCAAUGGAAGAAGAAGCCGAAUCGUCGUCCGUGUUAGUAAACACAAACGCAGGCUCUCGCUCUUCUCUUCUCUCCGAUCUCGAACAUGACGAAACUGAGCUUGAUGGUGGUACUAGUGAGGAGAGGUUUUGGGUUCAGUAUCCGUAUCUGAAGGAGUUAGUGGAGAUUAUUGUAGCUCAAGGUUUGAUCUCUGAGAACAUUGCUUUUGAGAGAGUCAAGCUUAUUGGUGAUGACAAGGCUAAAGAGUUGAAUGAUGGAUGGAAGGCUUUGUGUAUUAGGGAGCAAGAUUUGGGUAACCAGAUGCUUCAGCUUCUUGCUUCUGCCAUGAAAUGAAUACCUUUGAAUUUCAAGGAAAUGUUUCUUCUUUUGUUUUUCGUCUGUGACAAAACUUUGAUCUUUUGAUGUUGUUGUUUAUGUUGGUUUUGGAACUUUAAAUCUGUUUAUCUCUAUGAAACAUUCACAGUUUCAUGUA